UCGGGCUUGGCUGUUUUUAAAAAGGCAAGGCAGUGCUCGAGUGGAUCAGUGCAGCUCAGGAAAGUUCUCGGGUGGAGAGAGUAUCGGAAUCCGUUUGGGGAAAGAAAAGGUGCUCGGGCAGAAGUUGAGUGUUUAUUUUUUGGCGUGUAUGUGUUACUGUGAGAGACUCGCGUGUAUACCGCUGCAGGAGAAGGCAGAUCUUGGGCAGAGAAAAGCGCGCCGCUUGAACUGGUUCUGUGUGUGAUAGAUGUUGUUGCAUGCUGCACUGCAGCCUGUCAGUGUUCACCCCUCUCAGCAGACAAGAGCGCACUCGUUUGGAUGAAGACUCUCGGGCUUUAGCUUAAAAAAUAAUUGGAUUAUCAGAAUCGGACCGCGUUUGUGUGUUCGUUAGAAUAAAGCUUCUAUAUAUAUAUUUAUAUAUAGUAUUUUUUCUUUUUGUAUUUGCGACAAAUUUGCACAUUUUUCUCCAACCACACCGCAGACAUGUUUUUGAGUUUUUGCCUUUUGGUGACAUUCGUCCUGGGGCUGUCCGGCUGCUUAGGCUCCUAUGUGCCGUGCGAGCCCUGCGACGACAAGGCGAUGUCCAUGUGCCCCCCGGUGCCGUUGGGGUGCCAGCUGGUCAAGGAGCCCGGCUGUGGCUGCUGCCUCACGUGCGCCCUGUCGGAGGGGCAGGCGUGCGGGGUUUACACCGGGACCUGCACCCAGGGCUUGCGCUGUCUGCCGCGGAGCGGAGAGGAGAAGCCCCUACACGCCCUCCUCCACGGCAGAGGCGUGUGCACCAACGAAAAAGGAUACAAACCGUCUCAUCCUCCCAUAGAUCGUGAGUCACGGGAGUAUGACGACGCAAUGUCGCCCGAUAUGGCGGAGGACCUGCAACCGGCCAAGGUGCCCAUCAUGGCCAAGGAAAUCCUGAAGAAGGCCCACGCCGUGCGCAAGGAGCAGAAGAGGAAGCAGGGCAAGCAGCGGUCACUGGGCCCCCCCAUGGACUACUCCCCGCUCCCCAUCGACAAGCAUGAGCCCGAGUUUGGUCCCUGCAGGAGAAAGUUAGAUGGCAUCAUUCAAGGAAUGAAGGACACUUCUCGCGUGAUGGCUCUGUCUCUGUACCUCCCAAACUGUGACAGAAAAGGAUUCUUCAAGCGCAAACAGUGCAAGCCGUCUCGCGGCCGUAAACGGGGGAUCUGCUGGUGCGUGGACAAGUACGGCGUGCAGCUGCCCGGCACAGACUACAGUGGUGGGGACAUCCAGUGUAAGGAUCUGGAAAGCAGCAGUAACAACAACAACAAUGAGUGAAUGAGAAUAAAGAACAAUAUCAACAACGGGGGAAGAACUCUAUUACCCACAAUCCCCCCCACCUGAUCCCCCCUCCCCUCCACCCUUACCCGUGCACCACCUGACCUUGAACCCACACCUUCCUCUCUUGCUCCUCCUCCUCCAUCACCAUCGUCUUCAUCACACCGGUUGACUCCACCCUCCUGUCGCUUUGAGAUUUCUUUUUUGGGGGGGGGGGGGUUUGUCGAAAGGAAGAAAUAAAAGGAAAAAGAAUCCAAACGAAUGAAUGGGGACACUUAUAUUUUUCUUUAUUUCUUUCUUUACUUUUGUAGGCUCUUUUUGAUGUCCAAGCACUCAUCUUCGAACAAGGGUAUCCCCACUACCACCCCAACCCCCCCACACACCCUGCAAGAACAGACCCCCUAGACUUCUGCUCAAAGUGGGGGGCUCAUCUAUGUGCUGCCGCUCCCCCUCCCCAGCUACAUAUAUAUCAGAAUAUAUACACAUAUAUAUAUAUGAUAUAUUUUUGUAGAUGCUGGGAUUACAAUUCAAAUUUUUGUAUGAUAUGAAAUUAAUGCAAAACUAUUGUGGAGGGGGAAAAAACUGCAAUUAAGGCAUCUUGAAUCUAAUUGGUUGAUUGGUGACGUUAUUUGGUUUAAGUGGCUUCGUUCUUUUCCAAAAGAAAAUAAGAAAAUGAAUAUCUAUGAUGAGGUAUGGAUUGGCUGUAACAGUCGAUUCGGUCGGGGUAUUUUGUUUGUCACAGCACUUAUGAAUAGGGGAACCUGCUAAGAUGUAUGUGUAACUUCAGAAAACUGUGUGUUGAGUGAGUGUUGGUGUUUCCGUGAGUAUGUUUCUUUAUGUAUGAUCUUGUAUAGAUGUACGAUGCAACGAGCCUAUAACAAAGAAUGUCCUUUCUCUCUAUAUUUUUUCCUUUGUAAGUCACAAAAGCUAUAACUAGUGCUUGAAGUGGUUACUGAGCUGGGAAUUAUUUACUGGCCUUUGACAAGUAUGUCGCGGGGACAGACAGAGUGUGAGAAAGAGAGAGAGAGAGCGUUUGACAGCACAAUGGUGGACAGGUAACUUCAGAUGAACCUAUAUAAGUGGCUCGUUGACAAUGUAGCUAGCCUGAAAUGCCAACUGUGCCUAUUUGAACAGACACUGCCAUGCAGGGCAACACAGACUUUGACAGAGAGUCCUGACUCUACUGGGGAAAAUAAAAGAUUGACUUUUACAUUUUCUCUUUUCAGUAGCUUAAAGUGGCCUGACUCGCACACAAGACAAAGAUCAUGGAAAAUGUUCUGCCCUUGAGCCCUGAACGAACACUCAAUCUGUUAAACUAAAUAACUAUGCCUCGCUUAAGCUAACUCGAGUGCACAUUCAGGCUUGUGUUCACCAGGAAGGCCAGUGGAUCCUCUGCUCCUAUUGGGUGAAGCACAGUUUUGUACGGUAUCGUUUGUGCUGUUACCUUUGCCUUCAGUGAAGUAACGACCGCCCACUUUUGAGCCAUGAGUGGUGUACUGCUAUUACAGUGUAAUCGUGGUGUAUAACAUUACAUUUAAAUAUAGUUAUUGAAUGUUUUAUUUUUUGUUUUAUUUUUUUUGCCUUUAGAAACCAACAACGACAAUGUUUUGGUGCUUGAAAGAGAAAAAGCAUUGUUUCAGCAUUGUGUAGAAAAAAAAAGAUUGAAUCAUUGAGAGGAUGAGGAUGACAAAGCACGUACGCCAGUCCUGUGCUAAUAUGAAUGCAGAGCGGUUAAAAGAGGCUAGCCUUGAGAGACACUAGCCCGAUGUAUGCAUGCCGCUCUGGGGAAAUCUUUGUCAUUGCGUUUUCGAAAACUUCAAACAAUUACAAGUUACGACCAUUGCAAUUUGGGGGAAUCAGUCAACACUUUUCCAACCACACAAGGGUAGCUGGCUAGGUCGGUUAGGGUGUAAUUUUCUAUCUUUGAGAUCAGGUUCUAGUGCCUUCCACCAUGAGAUGACGUUAGAAAACCGUGGCAAGAAAGUGACAGUUUUUGUUAUUUUUCGUGUGGCCUCUACGUUUUACAACAAAAGAUUCUAAGUCCACUCCUGAAACAGUUAAAGAACAAUGAAUGUGGUCGGUCCUUUAAAUGUUGUUGUUUUGCUGUCAUUUUUUUUUCAAAUGUGUCACAAAAUCUGGUAUUAUUCCUCCCCCGUUCCCCAGCUAAACCCCGGGACAUUUCUGGACAAGAGUGAUUUGUGGGGGGAAAGAGCUGCGUAGCAACUAGCCGGUUCGAACCUCUCUCUCUUCUCUUUCUUUCUUCUAUUAAUAAGCUAAUGGAUGGAUGUUUGUUUCAAGUGACUGCCAACGUACGCGACUGCCAGAACAGGGGAAGGCCAAAGGAUGUUUAUAAUACAGAGAUGGCUUAUCAAAGGAGGGCGUGAAUCUUUCUCCCAGGUGCAUACUCACUUUCCAGUUUUAUUGUUGUUUUAGUUUUUUUUAAAGAUUUUCAGAGGAGCCCAUUUGCUGAAUCACAGUGAGAACGUGCGAGAGAGAAACAGCAAGUGCAUUUAAAAAAUGGCUUUACAGUAGUGAAGGUAUACCCGAUACCCCCCCCCCCCCCCGCCCCUUCCUCUAAGUCCCAGAACUUGCUUUUAAAAAGAAGCAGCUUGCACUUAUUACAAAUAUUCAGUCUGGGAUACUGACACACAAUGGCGUCCGUAACGAUCAGGUGUCAUGAAGCUAAGAGGGAAAAAAAAAUGGGGGGGAAAAUCAAAAAGAAUCCAGGGGACAAACAAAAAAAAGAACAAACAACAGAACAUCACAGGAAACCAACAAUACAUGUGUUAUCUUGUUUUUUCUUUCAAAAGGGAAGGAUGCUUGAGGUCGUUCUACUUUUCUUUUUGUUUCGUCGACAGGGGCUUUUGUGGCCCAUGCCUUGGACUUCACCUGGAAUUACAUCUUCUAGUUGGUGGGUGGGGGGUUUGGGGGGGGAUUGUCUAGAAUGAUUGACAUCCCAGUGUAGCGAUGACACAGUGGCUCUUCUGACAGUUCGUAGAACCUAAGGUGGUCAGGGAUGAAGGCAUUGGGGGGAUGUAGUUGGAAUCUGGGUUGUGUGGGUGGGUGUGUGUGUGUUUGGGGGGAGGGCCUAAGCCACUUCCUACCCUCCCUAAUACAAGGGCUCACCAAUUGCAUGACGGUAGACAGAUUUUAGCUAGACAGUUAACAGGAGCUCUUUGGAAUCUGAGGAUGUCUUCAGCAACCGGUGGGGGAUGACGGGAGUUUUUAGUUCUUUAUGUCAAGGUUUAGUGACCAAUCACAAGUUUCAGAUUGAUUUAUUAAGAAGAUUACACAUUUUGCAAUCAGAGGAAAAUAUCGAUCGUACAAAACUGAACAUGCAUGUCUGGUAAUUUGUACUUUUUGGUGUUUUGGUGCUAGGUUUAGUUUAUUGGGGAGGGAAAAAAAAGAAACUUCUAAACUGUUUGCGACGAGUACAUUCCUCAGAUUCUUAAUCUUCUAAUAUGGUUCAAACUCAUAAUCACAUACUUCAUUCUACAGUAGUACUACAGUAACGACAGCUCUUUUAUGUGACUCUUUACUACAGUUAUAACAACAGGUUUUUGUUUUGGUUUGUUUGUUACUCUGGUAGACAAUACAAUUGGUCGCUAGGAUACGGGGUUAAAAUGGCUUGAGAAAUCACCCUGGCAGGAUAUAAAGGUGGAUAUGAACACGGUCAGCAUUUGGAACUGCAGGAAAUUAAUUAAAUGAAAAAAAAGGAAAAAAUACAAAAAAUCGCAAAUUAUUAAAGUGAAUAUCACUGUGUAAUAUUUAUUCAACUUGUAAUUUAUGUACUCGUUUAACCUUUGUCUCUUUUUUUUGUUAUGACAAAGCAUUUAUUUAAAUAAAGUUAUGUAUUCAUUUAA